CGGAUAAUUCUUAAAAGGUCACAAUUUCCCAAAGAUUUAUUUUUACUGUUACAAAAUCCAAGUCCUAUAAAGUAAAAAAAGUAGAGCAGCACCCACUGUUUCGUUCUGUUUGGUUUUCCUUCAUAUGGUUUUGUUGCCUCUUCUUCUUUUUUUACCGAUAUCACCACCCAGCCGGUUUCUCCAUUUUCCCCUUUCUGUUUUCUUUUAAUCCCAAAAAAAUCGAAUUUCAUUCUUUUUCUUUAUUUCUUGACCCCAAUUAAUUUCAAUUCUCGUGAAUAAUUAGAAUUUUGGGAAUUUAAUUCGGAGCUGUUUCAAUUGAUCCGUUGAUCAGUUGUGUUGGAGUAGAAGAUGGCCACGUUAGUUGCGAAACAAGGGCCAUUGAGCAGUCAGAAUCAACAUACACCAAGAAUGAGAAAUCAGUCUAAGGUUUUUAGGAAGAGAAAGUUUGUCCUAAAUCUUGAUGAAGAAAAACUUGAAAAGGACAAUGCAGCAUCCGCGCCCGAUGUUACAGAUUUACCUAAUAAGAAAAAAAAGCUUUGUUCUGAGUCUGGUGCCCUCCGUGGCAAAAGAACUGUGUCAGAGCAUGUGAAUGUUGCAAUCAGGAAGGAGGAAGCACUUUUAUCGGGCGGAUCGGCAGAGAAAAUUAAAACAGCGGAAAAGCCAAAGAGGAACAUGAUUAAAUCACGUCUGAGAACAAAGACAGUAGCUAAGCAAACAAUGACUGUAAAGGAAUCUGAAGGCUCACAUAGAAGAAUCACCUCAAAGGAGCAUCAUCGUUCAGCAGAGAAGAAAUUAAGUUCUAAAAUUUGGGAUGAAAUGGUGAGUAAUGAUGAAGAAGAGGAAGAGGAAGAGGAAGAGGAAGAGGAAGAGGAAGAGGAAGAGGAAGAGGAAGAGGAUGAAGAGUAUUUUCCAGGUCCCUUAACAAAAUUUCAGAUGCCACUGAAGGAAGCGUUGAAUAGUUUGAGAACUUCCACCAAGGGAAAAGUUCUUAGAAAUGGACGUAUGAGAAAUAAAGGGAAUGACGAAGAGAAAGACAAGCCUUCCCAGUGCAGGGACAGGCUCAAACUAUCUACCUCCACAAAAAACUUUCUUCUGAGUGGAAAUUCGCAGACUAAAAGGAUGCCUGAUAAAGUAAAUCUGGAACAACACCCAGGAACUUCAAGAAAGAAAAUGGCAGGGACUCGUGAAAUUCAAGGCUCAAAGAAUAAAAGGCGGGCGCCUGCUAUAUUAAAUGAACAAUGUCUAGGAAGGUCCAAAAAGAGGAAGAUUCCUCAAGGAGAGAGGACAAUGGAUAACGUGGAUGAAAGUGAAGAGGAGUGGAGUAUGUCCAAGGAAAAACCAAGUUUGUCCAAGGAUGUAGAGAAUAGAAGGACAUCUGUGCGACAUGCUACUGGUUCAUUCAAGAGAUACGGAGAUUUCUAUGUUGGUGAGUGGGAAGAUGAUACUGAUGAUUAUGAGGUUUUCCCACUAAGUGAUGGACAUCAUAUACCCAGUAACACAAGAAGCCAGGGAAGUGAUGUUUCACCUGAGUCGAAACCAAAAAAUAGUCCAAAAGAUAUGAGAAAAAUUUCAGGGAAGUUAUCUGCUUGUAGUUCAUUGCCUUCUUGGGCGCCUGCUAAAUUAAAUGGAGAACAGUGUCUUGGAAUGUCAAGCAAGAAGAAGCGUCCUCGAGCAGAUAGAACAAUGGAUAAAGUGGAUGGCAGUGAAGAUGAGUGGAAUGUGUGCAAGGAAAAAUCAAGUUUGUCCAAGGAUGGAAAAAAGAAGCAGAGAAUUUAUGAAAAAGAUGCAGAGAAUAAAAGGACAUCAGUAAGACGUGCUGCUGCAUCACUCAAGAGAUACGAUCAUAAUUACUUUGUUGGUGAGUGGGAAGAUGAUGCUGAGGAGUAUGAGGUUUUGCCAAUUAGCGAUGGACAUCAUACACCAAGUAACCCAAGAAGCCAGAGAAGUGAAGUUUCACACGAGUCAAAACCAAAAGAUAGUCCGAAAGAUUCAAUAAAUAAUUCAGGGAAGUUAUCUGCUUGUAGUUCGUUGCCUUCCACCUCAUCGUCCUCUGGUUCCACAAUUUCAAGAAAUGGAAUAGAUGGAUCUAAAAAUAUGAAGGUAAAUUGUCAUCAAUGUAGAAGAAGUGAUAGAAGAACUGUUGUUCCUUGUACGAAGUGUAAAGAGAAAUUUUACUGUAUCAAGUGCAUCAAGGAAUGGUAUCCUGAAUUGGAAGAAGAGGAAGUCUCAGAGCUUUGUCCAUAUUGUCGUGGAAAAUGUAACUGCAACUUGUGCUUACACUCACGUGUCAUGCUAAAGACAUCAAGAAAGGAUCUCACUGAUCGUGAAAAGAUUGAGCAUUUGCACUAUUUGAUUUUCACCCUCCUUCCCUUUCUAAAAGAAAUCCAUCACGAACAAAUUCAGGAGAUAGAGACGGAGUCUUCUACUCGUGGGGUAUCUUCAUCUUCAGUUGAAAUUAAACAAUCACUUUGUCACAAUGAUGAGCGAGUUUACUGCAACAACUGCUCAACUUCAAUAGUUGAUCUUCAUCGAAGCUGCCCAGAUUGCUCAUAUGAGCUAUGUCUAAGCUGCUGCCGAGAGCUUCGGGGAGGCAUGUUUCGGGGAAAUAGUUGUAAAGCAGUUUACAAAUAUUCAGACAGAGGUUGUGAUUACAUGCACGGUGGAGAGCCACUUCCUGAAAGUUUUCAUAAUGUUGAAAUUCCACAGGACCAGAACAAACCAAUUACUUGGGUUGCUAAUUGUGAUGGUAAUAUCAUUUGUGCUCCUGUCGAAAUGGGUGGAUGUGGAAAAUGUGUUUUAGAGCUCAAGCAUCUGCUACCAAGAAACUGGAUAUCAACCUUGAAAGCAAAAGCAGAAAGGAUUCUGAUUCAAUGCAAUUUUUCCCAGAUGAUUUCCCAGCCGAUUUGUAGAACAGAUGACCCUGAACUGUUACAUAGGGCGGCUUCAAGAGUUGGUUCUGAUGAUAACUGCUUAUAUUCCACUACUGCAAAGGACGCUAUGGAGGAUGAAGCGCUUCUACGCUUCCGUAGACACUGGGCCAAGGGUGAACCGGUGAUUGUACGAAACGUUCUUGAGCAUACAAGCGGUUUAAGCUGGGAACCAAUGGUUAUGUGGCGUGCAUUAUGUGAGACCACUGACUCAAAGAUCCUUACAAGUAUGUCAGAAGUAAAAGCUAUUGACUGUCUGGCUGAUUGUCAGGUUCAGAUUAAUACUCGAAAGUUUUUUAAAGGUUAUACAGAAGGCAGAAGCUAUGAAAAUCUUUGGCCUGAAAUGCUCAAACUUAAAGACUGGCCACCAUCUGAUAAGUUUGAGAAUCUCUUGCCUCGGCACUGUGAUGAGUUCAUCAGUGCAUUACCGUUCCAAGAGUACUCAGAUCCAAGGACAGGCAUUCUGAAUCUUGCUGUUAAAUUACCGGCUGGAGUCUUAAAACCUGAUUUGGGUCCAAAGACAUACAUUGCUUAUGGUGUCACCAAGGAACUUGGAAGAGGGGAUUCGGUGACAAAGCUCCACUGUGAUAUGUCGGAUGCGAUAAAUAUUUUGACACACACAGCAGAGGUGGCUGUAACUGAUGAGCAGCAGUCUGCAAUUGAAAUACUGAAACAGAGGCAUAGAGCUCAAGAUGAAAGAGAACGUCUCGAGCGUGAGGGCAAUGAAUUUCCUAUGAAGAUGUCUAGUGAUAUCGGAAGGGAGGAGAAAACAUCAGAUGAUUCAGAGACGACUGGAGGUGCCUUGUGGGACAUCUUUAGAAGGGAAGACGUACCCAAGUUGAAGGACUAUCUUUUAAAGCACGCAAAGGAAUUUAGGCACACUUACUGUUAUCCCGUUGAUGAGGUUUUUCACCCAAUCCAUGACCAAAUCUUCUACUUAACUUUGGAGCACAAGAGAAAACUGAAGGAAGAAUAUGGGGUUGAACCUUGGACGUUUGAGCAAAGACUUGGAGAGGCAGUUUUCAUUCCAGCAGGAUGCCCUCACCAAGUGCGUAAUCUCAAGGUAAAGAAUCAUACUUAUAUUUUCCAUGAAAAUCCAGAUGAUCAAGUUCAUCCAGUAACCAACUUUUUUCAUCUUUCCAGUCAUGUACAAAAGUUGCGGCUGAUUUUGUUUCUCCUGAAAACAUUCGAGAAUGCUUCAAUCUCACAGAUGAGUUCAGGAAAUUGCCGAAAGGCCACAAGGCCAGAGAAGACAAACUAGAGAUAAAGAAGAUGGUCAUUCAUGCAAUCAAUCAAGUUGUCACAGAUUUGGAGCAGCUCACGUACAUAGUUUAGAGAAUAGCAGUACAAACAGUUUUCUUAAGCAGCAGAGUAGCAGUUAGGUCACAUUUCUUGCAGCUUAGGCCCUCUUCACCAUUAUUGCCUGUAGAAAAGUAAAUGUUAUAGGGACAUUCUCUUUUAUAUCAUAUUUUUCCCUGCAAUAAAGGCAGCUUCUUCGAUAUAGGGACUGGUAACCUUUGUAUUUAAUAAUAUAACGUGAAAUUUCAUGCAAAA